UCAUACUAACGAAAAUAAUGUAGAGCUAGAGAGUGAGGUUAUGACUGGUUGCAAAAGUGCGCCGCGCAUCACCGUGUCUCACUCAGUAAGUGAAGUUAGACAGAGCAAAUAGAUAAGAAAUCCAACAUUCCGACCGAACAGAGCGCGUAAUGUCAAGUGUGAUGUGUAAUACUUCAUUUCGUCGCGUAAUGUGUGAUGCCAUAUUUCAUGUUCGAGUAAUAUCACGCGUAAUGUAUCAAUUGCAUUACUUACACAUGUCUAAUUAUAGUCCUUUCACCUUUGCCUUUCCCUAUUGGGGAUAAAUUUUAAAACAACAUUGAAUUAAUUACUUUUGUAUUUGUAAUAUUUGUAUUUGUAAUUUGUGUACUCGUUGGAAUUGAUAGAUAAAAUUCAUAAUAUAGUUCGUAGCUUUUUAAUAAAAUGUUUAUAAAUUAUGACGCUAUUUUGUAACACCGUGAUUUUAAUUGCUUAAUCAUAAGCGUAUUUAUAUCUCUACUAUAUAAUUACUACAAAAUAUGGCAGAAAACUCCGAAAACUUAGAUACCGCAAAAUUAAAAGUUGUCCGAUGUAGAGAAUGGCUUCAAAACCAAAACGAUCCCAAGAAACUAUCCUUACAAAAUCAGAAUGAUAUACAGUUUAUAAUUGAAACGAAUGCACAUAGAAAGAAGUUUUUAUUAUCAGCGGCAGAUGAUCAUGCCACCGUACCGGCUGGCAUCGAUGAACCUUCUCUAGAACCACAGGCAGUUCCUUUACGUAAAUUACGGCAAGAAAAGUUGCAAAUGCUUUGCGAGUGGCAGUCAUGCAUGUGUUAUUUUACAAACUACGAACAAUUUCAAAAGCAUGUCGCUAAACACGCUUCUGAUUUGCAUGUUAUUGAUGUAAAUGGAAGUGUAGAAUAUGUAUGUUUAUGGGAUAUAUGUGGACAUAAAACGUCAGAUUUCAAUGAAAUGGUUCGUCAUAUAAAUUACCACGCAUAUCACGCUAGGCUGCUAGCGAUCGGCUUCAAUGGACGAGCUACCUUGAAGUUAGAGAGGUGUAAGAAGGAUUCCACUAAAAGAAAUCAACUGCCCCCUUUAAAGAGUCCUCACUGUUGCAUGUGGGUCGGCUGUUCUGAAAGUUUUAAUUCUAUACAGGCAUUCUUUGAUCAUGUGAAAGCACAUAUAUAUUAUUCGGAUGAGUUUCUCUGUUCCUGGGCUGGUUGCGGAGCUGUAUUUCCAAGACGAGUGUUACUCACAAUGCAUGUACGUUCUCAUACUAAAGAACGACUCAUUGCUUGCUUCCAUUGCGGACACCAUUUUGCUUGUAAUAGAAAAUUGAGUGAUCAUCUGCUUAGACAGAACGUGCACCCGGGGACGGGCUUCGAGUGCAGCAUGUGCGGGCUGCCGUGCGCCAGCGCGUACCUGACGCGCGAGCACGAGCGCCAGCACGUGUCCGCCUACGCGUGCGCGCUGUGCGACAUGUCCGCGCCCUCGCCCGCCGCGCUGGCGCACCACGCGCGCUACCGCCACCUCGCCGACCACACGCGCUCGCACGCCUGCCCGCACUGCCCCUACAGAGCUGUAACAAAAUGGGAUCUUCUCAAACAUAUCCCAACUCACACACGAAAGAGAAAACGUAAAAGGGGUAAAGACGGUGAGAAGAGAGAACUUUCAGAAGAAGAAGAAGAAGUAAAAAAGAAGGUUAAAAAGAAGUACGCGUGUCACAUGUGUCCUGAGAAAGAAGUGAAAGUUUUCUCAAGAGGAACAAGAUUAACUACGCAUCUUGUUAAAGUUCAUGGCGCUCAGUGGCCCUUUGGUCACAGUAGAUUUAGGUAUCAGAUAAGCGAAGAUGGUAUGUACCGUUUAACGACAACUAGAUUUGAAUUCGAAGAUGUUUCAAAGAAAAUCGUCGAUGGCUACAGUUGGCCCAAAGAAUCUCUAACCAAUGAAUUUGAAUUUGAUCUCAAAAGGACCGCCGACGCCACUGAAACUUCACCGCAGAAAUUUGAAAUUACGCUUAAAAAUAAUAAAACUAGCGAAAGUAGUGACAAAAAUAAGGAAAAUAUGGAUACAAGUGAUGAUAAAUCCAAGAAUUCGGUUGAAAUUAUGAUGUGUGAUGUAGAUGAGGAUGGUAACAUAAUAAGUACUGAAACAAUACAAUCUGAUGUUGUCUAUACGUGAUAGUAUUUCUAUAUCUUAGAAUGUAUCUUAACUGUACCUUCCUAAACUCAUCUUAGCGUUAAAAAUUAUAUGUUUUUUAAUGAAUUUGUUGUAGUUAAAGUGAAGGUACCAUUGAUUUGGAAUAUAGAUUCUGCAGAGAAGUAUCGGCAAGAAAUCCCACAGUUACUCUUUUAAAAGAACUGUUUUAAAUUUUGGACUACGCUUAGAGUUUAUGUUGGACAUAACACUUUCAAAUGCCAUAUUGGAUAAUGAAUAAUCCUGUUUUGCUAUCCCCACGAGCUGUAAAAAGGUUAUAAAACCAAAAAAAAACCCAGACUAAUGCAUGUUUAUCUCGGCCAACAUUAUCCUGUACGGCUUGAAUGGAUAUUGGAAUUGAUACAAAAUAUUUUUUGGUAAUUAUUAAUAAGUAAUGUGAUAAUAGUUAUAAGGUUUAUUCUAACUGUUAUUAGGUAUUGUCCUAUUUUAUUAAUGAAUUUCUUCACUAUUUUGAAUAAUUUACUUUUUUAAAUAAAAUCAACAUUAUUUUAA